UCGCAAGAUACCCUGAAUGCUACACAAGCACCAUGGGGCUCGGUCUCCACCACCCCAUCCAGCGGAGGAGGCAUUUGCGUGGUCGCGGCUUGUGCGGCGCUGCACCGCCUCGCAAUCCCUGGCGGAGGGCAAGCGUCUCCAUAAGCAGAUCGCCGCUGCAGGCAUGGAUCGCGAGACGGUGCUUGGGAAUCUCCUGGUGGACAUGUAUGGGAAGUGUGGCUGCAUCGACUCCGCUCUACAAGUGUUCCAGCGGAUCCACUGCAGGAACGUCUACUCGUGGUCGAUCUUGAUCGCAGCAUAUGCCCGCAAUGGGCAUUACCACCAGUCGAUCCAGCUCUUCCGGAGAAUGCACCACGAUGGAGUGCGCCCAAACGAGUUUACCCUCAGCAUCGUUCUACACGCGUGCUCCAGCGCUGGCAGCAUUGCUGACGGAAGAUUAAUUCACGCCGCAAUGGAUCCUAGCCACGUACUCUUCGAGUACGUAGGAAAUGCGCUUGUCGUUCUUUAUGGAAAAGGUGGCGAUGUUGGAAGCGCCGAAAGAGUGUUCUUGGAAAUGCAGCACAGAGAUCCUGCGUCAUGGACAGCUAUGGUUGCAGCAUAUGCCCAAAACGGGCAUUACAGGAAGGCUGUUGAUGUCGUCCAGAAAAUGCUGCUAGGGCGGGCUUUCCUCGACAGCCGCGCGUUUGUUGUGAUCAUUGAUGCUUGUGCAGUGGCCGAAGACAUCGACCAAGGGAAAGAGAUUCACGAGCUAGCUGCUCUAUCCAAGUUUGAGGAGCUCGUUGCAGUUGCCAACGCACUUAUCAACAUGUAUGGCAAAUGCGGCUGUCUGAACGAAGCAAGAGAGGUUUUCGAUCGAAUGCCCUCCAGGGACGUGGUUACCUGGACCACGAUGAUCGUUAUUUACGUCCAAAACGGUGAGCCAAUGCUGGCUCUGGAUGUCUUCCAGCAAAUGGAGCUCGAGCCAGACCAGGUAACUUAUGUUGCGGUGCUGGAGGCUUGUGGAAGCGUAGGAGCACUUGUUUGGGGGCGAGAAAUCCAUGCCAGACUCACAUCAGCCCUCGACGAAAGCUCGUCCAACAACAGGGUGUUUACAGCUCUUGUGAAAAUGUAUGGACAGCUUGGCUGUGUGGACGAGGCCGAGAUCAUCUUUGGCCGCAUGAAAUGUCUAGACGUAGUUUCCUUGUCCGCCAUGGUAGGAGUUUAUGCUCAAGGCAGUGACAGCAUCCGAGCUUUAAACCUCCUGAGAAGAAUGCUGCAGCAAGGAUUCAAGCCCAACGCGAUCACGUCUAUCAGUGUUUUCUCGGCGUGCAGUCAAUCUGGUUUUCUACACGAAGCGUUGCUCUUCUACAGCUCGAUGGAACACGACUAUGGGAUACAACCCACCGAAAAGCAUGUCGUGUGCAUGGUGGACAUAUUCGCCAAGCUUGGAUGGCUGGAGCAAGCCGAAGCACUGAGCAAGGAGCUGCUGUCUUGGGAGUCUCGUGUGAUUGCCAGCAGCAUCCUACUUGCAGCAUGCCAAGUUCAUGGGGAUGCCGACACGGGCCUGCAAGUUGCAAGGCUCGUUCUCGAGUGGGACUCCGAUAGUGCUGCUCACUAUGUUGGUUUUUCGAACAUGUGUUUUGGAUGUGGCCUAGCUGCGAAACAUGUGAAGAGUGUGCUUUUCGAGGCUGUGAGUGCAUGGGAAGAAGUGGAUUAAGCGGCAAGAGUCGAUUGACCUCUACCCAAGGUGGCGAGCAUUCGCGCACUCCUUUGGUGACUGUUGGCUUUUGGUCUUUUGGCGAUCGAAGAUUGAAGAUCAAUGGACAACUCACUCUGUAUAUAUGAUCUUCAAAUCUUUGCGGUCCACAGGUUCUUUUCGAA